AUGAGCCAAGUAAAUAUUCCAACUGAUAAACCACUUCCUUCAAUUUCGCCUCCCUCUUACGAGGAAGUUCUUGCACUAUCUUCUUCUGAAGCCUCUAAUGUAAACAAUAGCCAUAUUAACAUAGGGUCUACACUGAUAACACCUUUACCAUUACCUUCUGCACCCUCAGCUGAAGACUUGCUAUUUGAACAUGAAGCACCUAAGCCUCAAUUACCUUCUUCACAACAAACUAAUAUUCCCCAAUCACCUUCUUCACAACAAAUUAAUAUUCAAAAUACACAAGAAGAAAUGAAACCAGCAACAAAAUCUAUGAACGCUUUCUUUGAACCAUUACAAAACAGAUAUAAUUGGAGCUCAUGGGCUUGGUUAUUGUUUAUUAAUGUGCCCACGUCACUUCUUGCGUUAUCAUGGAUACUCAUUACGCUUAUA